GUCGCCUCCUCUACUGUGCACGGAGGAACAUACCAUCAAUUCAAGGUUCUGGCGCCACAGCUGGGCAUUGCGUGUCGCUUUGUCGCUUCUAAUGAGCCGGAAGAUUUCAGAGCGUUGCUUGACGACAAGACAACGUUCAUCUUUGUUGAGAGUAUCAGCAACCCUAAAUACACCGUGCCAGACUUUGAAGCUCUAGCCGACAUUGCUCACUCCCAUGGAAUACCUUUAAUUUGCGACAACACCUUUGGCUGCGCCGGGUAUUACUGCCGUCCGAUCGAGCACGGAGCUGAUAUCGUCGUCCAUUUUGCAACGAUAUGGAUCGACGGACAUGGAACCACUCUCCGUGGUGAUAUUGUGGACGGAGGGAACUUCGACUGGGGCCAACAUGCAGAUAAGUUUCCUCAAUUCCGCUCAGAUGGGGCCCAAGAGGGCAGUGGUGAGGUCAGUCUGUGGAAGACUUUCGGGCGACGGGCCUUUGCCAUACGCUGUCAUUUCGAGGUGCUCCGAGGUAUCGGCAGCACUAUGAGCCCUCAGGCUGCACAGCAGCUGCUCAUCGGCCUCGAGUCGCUCGCCGUUCGAUGUGAUCGUCCCACAUCCAUACGGAAGCCUUGGCCGCGUGGCUUGCACAGCAGCCGCAGGUGGCGUGGGUGCGCUAUCUGGGUGACCUGGACCAUCCAUGCCAUCGCAAUGCCAGCAAGUUUCUGCGACACGGAUACGGCGCUGUCUUCUCUUUUGGCAUCAAAGGAGGACAGAAAGCCGGUUUCUGUCUAUGCGAUGAGUUCCAGAUGAUCAUCAAUACGAGACCUGGGCGACUCCAAGACUCUUGUGGUUCAUCCAUGGACGACAACGCACCAGCAACUGACCGAUGCUGAGCGUUUCGACGCUGGUGUCGCAGAAAACCAUAUCCGCCUAUCUGUCGGAACCAAACAUAUUGAAGACAUCAAGGAUGACUUUUUGCUGGCUUUUAGAGCUUUGACGGACCACAAUGAUGCGGCAUCGAGCCCGGCAAAUGCGUGCACUAUGAGGAGCAGAAGAAAAUCAUCAAAGCCUUGUACUGAAUGUUCGCUCCCACUCCCACGAGGCUUCCUGUCCAAUCCACUUAAGUCAGGAG